AUGUCUGAAGGAAAGGAUAUUCUUUAUGAGGUCAGAGGUAAAGUGGCCAUCAUCACAUUAAAUUCCCCCGAAGAACGGAAUAGUUUGAGCAUGAAACAAUACUAUUUGUUGGGGAAACUAAUGGAGAAAGCCGAUAAAGACCCUAACACCGUGGUAACCAUAUUUCAAUCUACUGGUAAAUACUUUAGUACUGGAGCAAGUACAAAUGACGAUGAUUUCAACGAAUUGGGUGAAACUGAUCCAAGUAGACAAAGUGAAGAUUUUUGGAUGCGUCAUUUCUUAGCUCGUAAUGUUUGGCUUACAGAUAUUUUUCAUAAUCAUUCUAAAGUCUUGGUUGGUGCAUUGAAUGGUCCAGUUAUUGGAUUAUCUACAGGGCUAUUUUCCCAUUGUGAUUUGAUAUAUGCAAUGGAUACCUCUAAAGUUUAUUUGUUAGCUCCAUUUGCUAACUUGGGUUUGGUUGGUGAAGGUGCAGCUUGUGCUACGUUAUUCUUGAGAUUGGGAUGGUCUAAAGCUUCCGAAGCUCUUUUAUUUUCCAGACCAAUUAGAGGACCGGAUUUAAAGGCUUUAGGAUUUAUCAACCAAAGUUUUGAUGGUCAGUUCAAUUCGACGGAAGAGUUCAAUGAGGGAAUCUAUAAACAAGUGAUUGAACAGUUUGAUCAUUUGUAUCCACCUUCCAUUCUUGCCAAUAAAAAAUUACUCAGAGAUUGUAGAGAUAAGUUGAUCAAUGACAUCAGUGUCAAGGAAGCAGUCACAGGAUUGCAUAGAUGGACUAAUGGUAUACCACAAGAUCGGUUUUUUCAAUUGGUGACUGGUCAAAUCAGACAUAAGCUAUAG